AUGCUCUCCAUCACCACAGACCUCUCACAGACCUCUCACAGACCUCUCACAGACCUCUCACAGACCUCUCACAGACCUCUCACAGACCUCUCACAGACCUCUCACAGACCUCCCACACCACAGACCUCUCACAGACCUCUCACAGACCUCUCACAGACCUCUCACAGACCUCUCACAGACCUCUCACGGACCUCUCACAGACCUCUCACAGACCUCCCACAGACCUCCCACAGACCUCCCACAGACCUCUCACGGACCUCUCACAGACCUCUCACAGACCUCCCACAGACCUCUCACAGACCUCCCACAGACCUCCCACAGACCUCUCACAGACCUCUCACAGACCUCUCUCACAGACCUCUCACAGACCUCUCACAGACCUCCCACAGACCUCUCACAGACCUCUCACAGACCUCCCACAGACCUCUCACAGACCUCUCACGGACUUCUCACAGACCUCUCACAGACCUCUCACGGACCUCUCACACCACAGACCUCCCACAGACCUCUCACAGACCUCUCACAGACCUCUCACGGACCUCUCACAGACCUCUCACAGACCUCUCACAGACCUCCCACAGACCUCUCACAGACCUCUCACAGACCUCUCACAGACCUCUCACAGACCUCCCACAGACCUCUCACAGACCUCCCACAGACCUCUCACAGACCUCUCACGGACCUCUCACAGACCUCUCACAGACCUCUCACAGGCCUCUCACAGACCUCUCACAGACCUCCCACAGACCUCUCACAGACCUCUCACAGACCUCCCACAGACCUCUCACAGACCUCUCACAGACCUCCCACAGACCUCCCACAGACCUCUCACAGACCUCCCACAGACCUCUCACAGACCUCUCACAGACCUCCCACAGACCUCUCACAGACCUCUCACGGACCUCUCACAGACCUCUCACAGACCUCUCACAGACCUCUCACGGACCUCUCACAGACCUCUCACAGACCUCCCACAGACCUCCCACAGACCUCUCACAGACCUCCCACAGACCUCUCACAGACCUCUCACAGACCUCUCACAGACCUCUCACAGACCUCCCACAGACCUCCCACAGACCUCUCACAGACCUCCCACAGACCUCUCACAGACCUCUCACAGACCUCCCACAGACCUCUCACAGACCUCUCACGGACCUCUCACAGACCUCUCACAGACCUCUCACAGACCUCCCACAGACCUCUCACAGACCUCCCACAGACCUCUCACAGACCUCUCACAGACCUCCCACAGACCUCUCACAGACCUCUCACAGACCUCUCACGGACCUCUCACAGACCUCUCACAGACCUCUCACAGACCUCUCACAGACCUCUCACGGACCUCUCACAGACCUCUCACAGACCUCUCACAGACCUCUCACAGACCUCCCACAGACCUCUCACAGACCUCUCACAGACCUCUCACAGACCUCUCACAGACCUCUCACAGACCUCUCACGGACCUCUCACAGACCUCUCACAGACCUCUCACAGACCUCUCAGCUAUAG